UAGAAUUCCAAAACAAUUUUAACGGAGAGGAUCCACUGCCAUUUGGUUAAAGAAAAACGGCUGGGAGCCCUGUUCUUUUCUCUCCAUUGGUGAUACGGCCUUCGCAUAAUCAGAGUUGUGAACCUCGGUUUAGUGGCAGCUUUUAAGAUGAAGCCAGAACAUGCUGGAUCCGGCUUGGAUCCAGUGGGUUCUAGGUGGAAGCAGAUGGGAAAUGAGGAGAAGAAGGCGGUGUUGAAUGAGGAGAUGAAGAAGAUGCAGCGGCUGCCGCCCAACAGCUCUUACGCCUCCCACCGCUUGCGCGUCCUCAACAAAAUUCACCAACUACUCUCCCUUCAGAGGACCUCAUCACAGGAUGAGGAGUUGGAGUUGCUUUUCUCUGGCCUUCAUUUAUGAAAAGGUGUGUUGAUCUUCUAGAACUAGUUAUCAAGUGAUUUAAUUUACCCAUUCUAUGUUUUGGAUCCGGUUACAUCUGUGAGAUAUAUAUCUAAAAUGUUACCAUUUUUCCUAACAUUUAGUUGAUGUAAUAAAUUUGCAACUUGUCUUAAACUUCCAUUUGUCAAAUUCACUUAUUGCUAUGAUGCACUUUCAGGGGGGAAAGUGGUAUUUUGUAAAUAAACACCAAACUCUUGCAAAUAGUAAUUUCUACGAGGUUCGUAUAGGAUUGUAAAGGGAUCAACUCAACACAGACUUCAAUUCCAGGGGUCCUUGAUAGAAUGUUACCUGUAGUUGCUUAAGAGUUUGAAAUAAAAUGUUACUCUAUUUUGUUUCCUUAUUACUCCCUCUGCCCCGGCUAUCAUGAGACCUUUUUUUUUUGCCCGGGAAUUAAGAAAGUAGUUUUUUGUGUGUAUGAAAAAGUGAAAAGGUGAAUAAAGGGUAAAACUUUUGCCAAAUAAGGACAGGUCUCAAGAUAGGUGGGAUGCCCAAAAAGAAAACUGUUUCAAGAUAGGUGGGACAGAGGGAGUAAUUGUUUGGUUUUCUGGACGUACACAUAAGUCGGUUUUGGUGCAAAAUAUGGUGACAUUACUAACAUAGAAACAUUGCAGUGUCUCAGCAGGUGAAUGCCGAACUAUAUCUGUUGCUUCGAAGUGGCAAAUUGGUGUGAAUAGCUGUCGGUGAAACUCGGAAUUUGGAUAGCAGUAAAAAGCAAUUGUAUCUCGUUGUUGUAAUCUUUGACCUCUCGUAAUAGAUGUGUUGACAUGUAAAUGAGAAUAGCUGGGUGAUUCUGAUAGCCUUUUUUUUCAUCACAUACGAUAUGGCACUUUCAUCAAA